UCGAGUGUGGAAAGUGGAAGACCGGCCGGUGCGCGCGCGGUACCCCCAACAUCGGUCAUCCUUUGAGGAGGCAAGCGCUCUCUGCUUCUCACACACACUCUCUCUCUCUUUCAAGCUGUCCCCUCUCACGUGCGCCUUAACCGGUCCGCCUUGGACGCCGCACUCUCAUCACCGCUUCGGCGCAGUCAAGUAACUGCUCCGAUUUACACGGCGGCUGCGGAUCCGUCUCGCGAGGCUCUCUCUCUCUUUUCUGGGCCGAACCCACUCCAAGGAAGACCAAAGUUGCAGUGCCUUUGAGAGGACGCCUGGUAAUGGUCAGUGUAGCCGCCCUGCGUGAUGCCUGAUCAUGACAGCGCCGCGCUCCUAACCAGACAGACCAAGCGCCGACGAGUUGACAUCGGUGUGAAACGGACCGCGGGCAGUGUCACGGGGAUCCUACUCGACCGCAUGAACCAAUCGCAUAGCCCUGAUCAGGACAGAGAUUGUUCGCUAGUUGGUCGAGGCCACAGCGGUAGCAACGGUACUGGGGAGAAAUCCAAUGUUUUGAGAAAGUUACUGAAAAGGGCCAACUCGUACGAGGAUGCCAUGAUGCCCUUUACCGGGGCAACCAUCAUCUCACAGCUCCUAAAGAACAAUAUGGUGAAGAAUGGGGCGAGUGACUCCGGCUUCCAGGGAAGUGGCGCUCUGUCCAGUGGCGGCUCAGAGAUCCAGGCUGAGGAUGCUUGCAGCAAUUCCUCCUCCCAGGACCGGGACAGCCCGUCUAACUGCCUUUCGCCUGGACCUCUCCCUUCGGCCCCACCGUCAUUCGGACGACCGCUACCUCCUUCCAACCUCAAUUCGCACACUCAGCCGCUGUCCUUCUCCACAUUUGACUUAGACAGGCUGUCGGACGAGCACCUUCAGGCGAAGCGGGCUCGGGUGGAAAAUAUCAUCCGUGGUAUGAGUCACUCCCCGCUGGUCCGGCCCAGCACUGACGAUCACAGCCAGGAAAGCAACCGCGACAACAAUAACGGGCAUAGAGGCGAUGGCAAUAGUCACGGCCACAGGCGAAGCGAUUGCGCCUCUUCCCUCCUCAGCUCUCCCGGUUCGCGGGCAGGAGGGGUCAGUGCUGGCGAAGUGUACCGGGAGAACAAGAGGAAGCAGCGCCUGCCUCAGCAGCAGCACGGCUUCACGCAGCUGGUGUGUUCCAGGCAGCAGCAGCGGCAGGAGGAGAGGCGACAGCUCAAACUGCAGCUGGAAGACAUGCAGAAGCAACUGCGCCAACUCCAAGAGAAGUUCUACCAGAUCUACGAUUCCGAGACAGACGAGGAGGAGGAGAACCGCGAGGGUGGCAGGUUGGACGGAGGCGGCGAGAGGGACGAGGACGGUAACCUGUCUGAGGACAGUAUUCGCUCUGAUGGCCUAGAGGAGAGGCACAGGGACAGAGGGCGCCGCCGCCAUGAUGACCUCUCAGAGCUGGACCCGGGCUUGUUCCUCGACCGGGCCCGAGCCCUACUGCGACAACAGGCCUUGAUGGAUCGAGAAAUUGAGGAGGAUGUGGUGGGGAGGCUGGAGGAGGAUGAUGAAGAGAGGAAUGGGGAGAGGAGGAUGAAGAGGCAAGGGGGGAGGCAGUUAGCGGAGACACUGAAGCAGGAGCUCAAUUGCGCCGUCUCGCAGGUUGUUGACACAGUCGUUAAAGGCUUCUCAUUGCCCAAGCAGGCCGUCAGCCACCAUCACGGCUGCCACAGCACGCCAGCUGCCCCUUCCUCUUCUUCCAACUCAUCCUCUUCUGGUCCCCUGCCUUUUGGCCCACUUCCUUCCCUCACCCCGGACCCUCGUUUUGGCGGUGGUGCCUUUGCCCUCAAUCUUCACAGUGACGGCAGCCCCACUUCCAUCUACCACUCCUCCAAUCCGAGGCUGCACUGCUUCGGCGACAUAAUAGUGCCGAGCCCAUUGGACUCGUUCAACGGUCUGAACGGAAGGCUAAGCGGCGUGCCGACAUCCAACGAUCAAACAGAGGCACUGCCGCUGGUGGUGCGCAAGAGUGGUGGUAGCAGCGGCGGCGGAGGCGAAGAGAAUGGCAACCCAGCUCUACCUCCUCCUCCUCCACCUUCCCACCAUCCCCCACUCCACCCCUCCCCUCUCGCAGCCACUCUUGGGUUCAGCCCUCCAUCCUUUCGCCACCCUUUCCCUCUCCCGCUCAUGGGCUACCCCUUUCACAGCCCCCUCGAAUCGCACGGUGGUGGGACAGGGUAUAACCCUAGGCCCAAGGACCACCACCACGUUCACUCCUCCCCAGAUUCCAUGGACAUGACCCGUGAAACUGUAAGCCUGAGAACCAAAAUGGCUACCCUUGGAGGAGGGCAUCUGGGUCACCACCAUAACAGGCAGAGCUCGCCGAGUCAACACGGGCCCGAAGGUUUGUCGCUGUCUCUCAUCAAGUCUGAAUGUGGCGACCUGGCAGAUAUGGCAGACAUCUCACCGUACUCAAGCAGCACUACCCAAGAGGGUUUGUCCCCCAACCACCUGAAGAAGGCCAAGCUCAUGUUCUUCUACACUCGCUAUCCUUCCUCCAACAUGCUUAAAAUCUUCUUCUCUGAUGUCAAGGCUGCGAUGUGUUUUGUUGCAAAAAGAGCAUACGGCUCCUUCGUUGAUCCGGGACGUCGCAUUCAAAUGAGUGUGCAUGUGCACGCACGCACGCAAGCACACACACACACACACACACACAAACACACAGCAGCUGCCCUGUGGCUCAUAUCUGCCAUGACCACUUCCUUCAGGCAGUGCCACAUCCUCGUUGGCUGCCAUGGUAACAAGGGUCGCCGGGACAUGGGGUUGCUAGGCAAACACAAGGUUACUAAGCUCACCUGCUGCUCGUGUGUGUGCGACUGAGACUGAUGGCCCAUUAACUAUAAACACACACAUGUACUGGAAAUGUGCUAUCACACACAUCACAAAAUAAUUGACAACUGAUAAAAUACAUUCAUUGGCCACAACAUUAGACUAUCCUGCACACAUAGAAGUGAGACUUAAUGUAAUAACCGUAUGGAAAAUAAUGCCUUUACAGAGACUAUAACGUUCAGUUUUGAUACUGUCAGGGAAAUAUUAAUUUAACAAAGUGUUUCAUGGUUAUGAUGCAGUAUUGUCCUAGAUGCACUACUGCAAGCUACAACCACAGUAAUAAACAUGUUGUUAAAUUAACUCUCACUGUGCCUAUCACAAGAGGGCUCUUGUGCUGGGUGUCAUUGGAUUUUUGCAAAUGUACCUAAUGAGGUGUCGGGUGAGUUCAAUGUCACAAGAAGCUCAUUUUAUAUUACAUUAUCAAUGCUAUUGUCCAUAAUAGGUUUACUUUCAAUAUCAUCUCGUAUUUUGAAAAGGAGCAGAUUUACAUGAUGAAUUAACAUGCAGGCUGGUAUUUUAAUGAUGUGUGUGUGUGACAUAUCAUGUCAACAAACUUCGGUCGAUGGGAUGGAUGUUGUCCCAGCCUUAGUCCGUUUUAGUAAUUUCAACGAUUGACGAGGAAAAACUACAUAAAAAAAACAAUUCUUUGGCCUUGUCUUCCUUUAAGAAAAGCGUCGUUUACUGUAUAUUAACAUUUUAUGCAAAUAAUGAUUCAUUGUUACAUUUGGUUUUAAUUGACAGAUAAUCCACAUUAAUCUGGCAUAUGUAUCUAUGGGAGGAUAUUACUUCGUUUAAUAUAAAUUGAACCACAGCUAAUCCUAUUUGUGAUGAGCCAGGCUGUCCUUUUACUUUAUUAUGUGUUGUUUCAUUGUCCCAUUGCAUUCAUCGCCCUCAUUAUAAUAUUUUCAAAAUCCGGGUCAGUGUCUCGCUCGCGCUUUCGUUGCCAUCCCGCCCCUCCCUCUGAGGGAACAAUAAGUACCAUGUGUGCGGAGGAUCAGGCAAAUUCACUGUAAGGGAAUUAGGACCCUGAAUGGCUCACACUAAUUGGACUUGAAUGGACUUGUCUCUGGGAAAGCAGUUCUUAAAGAUGAGACUCACGGCCGAGCAUGCUGUGGGAAGUGGGUUGGAGCGCACGGCUGUUUUAGUCUCACAUACUGUAUGCACAAACACACACGCACACACACACACACACAGACACACACACACAGCAAACAACGCUAAUAUCCCUCUCCUUCUGAGGAGACACUCACAUAUGAGCAUGAAGACUUCAAGGUUGUCACCAUCCUGUCUUGAGAGAGUACGCGAGAGCAAUUAAGGCCUUGUUAAGACUGGAGGGGAUGUGGAUUAAUUUGACACUCUUCAUCUCACACCCAAGUUUCCUGUCAGAGGAGGUUUAUGAGCACGCAUACAGUCUGUCCCAUGACGCUGGACUCUCUUCCUUAAGAGGCUGGCUGAUUUUGUUUCAUUGGGAAUCAGUUCGCGUCCUGCCCGCCUCUUUUCCUUCCUGAUAAUUGGAGUUACACAGCCAAUUUAACAAGAUUAGGAUGUGAACCAGCAUCAGCUCCAUUACCAAUUAUUUAAACAAUCAAGAUGACAAAAUGUGUUUUUACUCAAGCUAAUUAAGAAUCUAAACAACCUCAAGGGUUGGGCAUAUUACCAUUUUAUUUCACAGUAAUGAUAGUGAAGUGAUACAUUGGUUAUGCGAUGAACGAUGUAGUGGAUGAAACAUUUACAAUAAAUCAAAAUUGAUAAU